CUCUGAAGGGAAGACCUGCUCUCUGUCUGUCUGUCUGUCUGUCUGUCUCUCCUAUUCUCUUCUAUCCUUCCUUCCCUUCAGGAAGGAUGCAGCUUGAGAGGACAGGAGGCUUUACAAACCAAGAGACAGGAUCCUCACUUCCCUCCUCCUCCUGCCCCCAUUAAGGAACUGAACCAGAUAUCCUGUUCUGACCCUGACUGGGAAGCAUUUCAGCCUAAGAGGAUCAAGUCCCUAGCCUGCCAUGCCUUUGCUGCAGGGCCCUCUGUGCCUUGUUGGUCUGUUCUUCUUGGGGAGCCAGAAGGUGGAUGCUCUGGCGCUUCCCAAUACCAGUCUGGCCCUGACCCAGCCUGGGGCUCUGCACUCUGGACUGGCCCUAGGUCUGUCCAUGCCCAGGCCCCGAAGGAAGCGCCAUAUCUCAGCCCGGGACAUGAAUGCACUCCUGGACUAUCACAACCGCAUCCGGGCACAGGUGUAUCCACCUGCGGCCAACAUGGAGUACAUGAUCUGGGAUGAGCGGCUGGCCAGAUCAGCUGAAGCCUGGGCUGCACGGUGUAUCUGGGAACAUGGGCCCCCACAGCUAAUGAAAUUCUUGGGCCAGAACCUCUCCAUUCAUUCUGGCCGGUACCGAUCAGUUGUGGAUCUAAUAAAGUCUUGGUCAGAAGAAAAGCAACACUACUCAUUCCCCAACCCAAGAGAGUGCAGCCCCCGUUGUCCUUGGCACUGUAGUGGGCCUGUGUGCACCCACUAUACUCAGAUGGUGUGGGCAUCCUCCAAUCGGUUGGGCUGUGCUCUUCACACCUGCAAAAACAUCAGUGUUUGGGGGAAUACCUGGCGCCAGGCCAUGUACCUGGUGUGCAACUAUGCCAUCAAGGGCAACUGGAUUGGGGAAGCUCCAUACAAGAUGGGGGAACCCUGCUCAGCCUGUCCCCCCAGUUAUGGCGGCAGCUGCAACAACAACAUGUGUUUUGCUGGGCUCCGAUCCAACCGACUUAUCUGGUUCUAAUCACUCCAUGGCUGGGGCAGUGUCCCGGGUCUAGGCUCCCCACACAGGGCAGGCCAAGCCACCCCUCCAGCUGGGCCCCACAUGACCCAAAAGACAGUGACUAUACAGAGUAGAAUAGUUAUUUAUGAUGGGGAGAUCACCUCUGGUUGUUCACACCCCACCCCACCUCUCCACUCUAGGCCAGUUCUCCCCUUAGGGGCUUUAUUCCAGAAGUCCUGGCAAAGACCAAGCAGAAAACAUCAUCAAUAUCUUUCUACUUUCCAGUUAUGCUUCUUUGCUUUUCUUUCCCUUUGGGUAGAUCAUAGCUUUGCUGAUUCUUUCCAAUUCUUAUCUCAGGAUUAUCCAGUUUUUUAGGUGGUCAGGUCUAGAAGGGACCUUAGAGAUUAUCUAGGUCAGUGGUUCCAACUUUUUAUAUUCCUUAAAGCCCUUUCAACAACAACAAUAACAAAAAGGUUGUGAACUGCCAAGGUAAUAUAAUAUGUUAUUCGUGGUAUUCUGCAAUUAUUUACUGCUCAAGAUGCCAUUGAAGAAUUUAGCUCAAAUCCCUCAGACCACCAUUGAGAACCCCCAAAAGGUUCAUGAACCACUAAAUGGGAACCCCUGAUUUAAUCUAACCCUCUCAUGAACUGGAAAAUAAGGCCUAAAGAGAAGAAGUGACUUUUCCCAAGGUCACACAGUAGAUUAGAGGUAGGAACAGGAAUAAAACAGCUUUCCGGAAAAAUAAAAAACCUAAGUUGAUGGGGCGGAGGGGGUUGGAGACCAUAGAUUUAGGGCUGAAAGAUACUUUUGUACCCAAACCCUCCAAUCCAACUUUUUCCCUCUAUUCUAAAAAUGAGGAAACUAUGAUUUGUCUAAUGUCAUGCAGGUAAUAAGGAGCUGGAAUUUGAACCCAGGUCUUAUGAUAUAAAAUUCAACAACUUUUCUACUACAUCAACCCCCUAGGUCAUCUCUUUCUCUUUGUCCCCUUCUAGCCAUAAGCUCACUACAGUGAUGGAAAUAGGGCACAGUUGCCAGGUCAACAGCCUCACUUCUAAACAGAGAUGAUUGUCAUCCCUUUCAGACAUUCCUCCAUAUAGAUGGACAAAUUCAGGACUGCUCAGCAAGAGCUGGGAUAUAAAAUGGCAUGGGGAAGACAAAUCCCAGGGAGAGGAAACAGACUUGGGAAACAGCUCCACCCCCCCUCCCCCACAUUUCCCCCUUCUUACAAGAGAACUUCUAUAUCCCACAAAACACCCAUAGACCAUAGUUGGCUCCCACUCGUCAAUCCAUCCCCAGCUUUGGGUGGUCAAUUGUGCCAGGAACCCACAGGUGCUAUCUAAACCUCAUUGCCCUGACAACGAUGGACUUUUCUUCCAGAGCUUCCUCAAUAAAGAGACCAGAAGAGGCAACUGGAUUGAUUCUUUCUAAUAUACCCCAGACCCACCUACCUUAGUGGUCAAAUGGGACUGAAAGUAGUUGAGGAAGAAAGGGUGGGGAUGGAAGACAGAUUAAUUUGAAUGGAGAAUGGUAGAAAGCUUGGUAAUU